GUUUUGUUGUGCGGUAAUGUAGAUGAUCAUGAUGAUCGCAAUGAUGAUCUUACCCAAAAUAUAAAUAGAUCCGCAUAUGAAAUAUUUUUGUCAGUUAUAUUAGAAGACCUCAACGGAGGCAAUCAUUACAGUGGUGCUAAGUAUUUAACGCCUCAGUUAACGCGUCCAUACGCGGGGAUUCAUAAAUAUGAGAUCCCUACAUUUAAUGCUUUUUGGUGCCAGUUGUGCUAUUGUGCUGAGUCUAACAUUUGCCCAUGCGCCUGAAGGAGUGUGGAAGAAAAAACUCGUUUGGAAGGAAGACUGGGUUCAAGUAUGGAAGACGAUAAAAAAACAAGCCUGGGAGACGAAAUGGAAGAAAAUUCAAGUACCAAUCUGGAAAGAGGUGCAAGUACCCAUUUGGAAAGAAGUACAAGUGCCCGACUGGAAAAUUGUUAAAAAGCCACACAUUGAAGAGCGUGAAGUGCCCGCUUGGAAAGAGAUAAAAGUACCGGAAUGGAAGAAAAUUACAAAGCCAGUGUGGCGUGAGAUACAAGUGCCGGUAUGGCGCGAGAUACAGAUACCCGUAUGGAAGGAGAUACAAGUGCCCGUGUGGCGAGAAAUUAAGGUGCCCAUAUGGAAAGAAAUACAGGUGCCGAUAUGGAAAGAGGUACAAGUGCCGGUUUGGCGUGAAGUGCAAGUGCCUGCGUGGAAGAAAAUGUUUGUGCCCGAAUGGAUUAAAAUGGGCAUACCGGGCGAAAAAUACUUAGGAAAAGAUCACGAUGGAUGGGAGUACACCAGCCAUGAUUUAUGGCGUAAGAAACUUAUUUGGAAACCAGUUUGGAAGAAGAUUUGGCGUACCGAAAAGAAGCAGGAAUGGAAGACAGAGAAGGUGCAAGCUUGGAAAACUGAAAAGGUGCAAGAGUGGAAAAUUGAAAAGAAGCAAGAAUGGAAAACGGAAAAAAUUAAAGAGUGGAAGACGGAAAAGAAGCAAGAAUGGAAGCCAGAUAAGAAACUUGAAUGGAAAAUUGAAUGGAUACAAAUAUGGAAACCGGCCAAGAAACAAAUUUGGGUUAAAGAGAAACGUGAAACGUGGAUAGAAGAGAAAGUGCAAAUUUGGCGUACGGAAAAGAAACAGGCAUGGGCUACCGAAAAGAAACAAGCCUGGAAGGACGAAUGGAAGGCUAUUCAAGUACCCGUGUGGAAAGAAGCCAAAGUCCAAGAAUGGAAACGUGUAUGGAAACCAGUGUGGGAGAAAGUAUGGGUGCCCGUCAGCCAUGGAUGGGAUUGAAUAAAAACGAAAAGUUCAACACUUAGUAAAAAAUACACAUAAGUGUACCGACUGCUUCAUUCUAUUCUAGUACGUUCUUAUUAUCAUAAUUGGCAAAUGGAAAAUUCGCAAAAAUUUCAUUCACUCACAAGAGUAUAAUAAAAAUUUCAUUUUUGUUG